AUGUCGUCCAACAACACCUCGACCAGUGUCUCCAUCGAUAAGUUCGAUGGGGACAACUACUCAACCUGGUGUCGCUACAUGCGCGGCGUGUUUCUGACGAAGUCAGUCUGGUACGUCGUGAACCGCGAAACGUCUCCAACCUUCACCGACACGCGAGCUUCCGACGAGUACGUCAAGGCGAGCAACAUCGCGUUCGGGUUGAUGUUGCUCCACAUGGACGCCGAAUACCACCAUGUGGUCGACAACUGUGAAGAAGCAUGGACAGCGUGGUCGCGGUUGAAGAUGCUCUAUGGUGGGUCGCAGAAGGCGGAACGCAUCUACCUCAAGCGCCAGCUGUUCAGCAUCAAGAUGGCGGAAGGUGCCAACGUCUUGCACCAUUGCAACGAAGUCUUGAACAUCGGCGCCAAGCUCAGCAGCAUCGGUGCCAAGAUGGAAGACGAAGACAUUGCGAUCUGCUUGCUGCUCAGUCUCCCGAAGAGUUUCGAGAACGUGGUUCUGAACUUGGAGAUGAGCAAUGCAGAGCUGCGCACGCAAGAUGUGGUCAAGGUGCUGACUAACGAGCACAUCAAGCGACAAGGCGAGAAGAUGACAACGGCAACGACAACGGUGAAGACUGAAGAUGCGACAAAGGCAUUCAGUACCGAGCGCAAGCCCUACCAAUGCACAUACUGCGGCAAGGUGGGGCACACGGCAGAGCGUUGCUGGACGAAGCAAAAGGAUGAAAGUCGAGGAGCCCAACGCGGCGGCAAUGGUCGUGGACGCGGGGCAAACAAUGUCCAGUGGCGACAUUAUGAUGAAGGCAACAGCUACGAUCGAGUGGCGUUUGCAGUUUCGUUCGAAUGCGGAGUUUCGACGAACAAGAAUGGACCAGGAAUGUGGGCCAUUGACAGCGGGGCAACACAUCACAUCUGCCACGACAAGUUCAAGUUUGCAAGCUUGGUCGAAGGCAAUGAUGGCGAGAUCCUGGUGGCUGAUGGCAACAAGGCGGCCAUCAAAGGUGUGGGGACCAUCGUGGAAAAGGUGAUUCUGCCAAACGGGGAAGAGCGCGAGAUCGAGAUCAAGAACGCGCUCUAUGUGCCCAGCAUGAGCAAAAAUCUGCUCUCUGGUGCCGCAGAUUAA